UUAACAAUUUAUGUCAGUUAAUAGACGUGGGAUAGCUAAACUACAAUGGUCCGCUCGAGUAAAUCUGUUGCAAAUGGGCAACUGACAUUUAGGAAAUUCAUGGCAAUAUCGCUGUUCAUAACGAUGACAGAGGCCUUGCGUUGUCGCACCGACGAUGGUCCUUCAGAGGCUGAGUUGAAAAGAGUUGCCCGAAAUUGUAUGAGGAAAUUUGGUGAAAAUGUUUUCAAUAUGCAAAGUAAUCAGCAGCAGCAACAAAAUCAACAACAACAGCAACAGUCACAAGGACGUUACAAUCAAAGGACAAAUUACAAUAAUUAUCGUGAUUAUGACGACAGUGAUGAGAGUAAUGAGGGUGGUGGAGAUAGUAAUGAGAAUGGUGGUCGUGGUGGUGGUGGCAGUCAAUAUUCACAAAGAAAUAACUAUCAACAAAGUAAUCAGAAUGGUUAUUACAAUAAUAAUGGCAGAGGAUCGGGUGGUGGUGGGGGUGGUAGAAAUCAGAACAAUGAUAAUAACGACCGCGGUGGUGGCAAUGGAAACCAUGACGAAAAUCGCUAUGGAAAUCAAAGCAAUCGCGGGCGUUCCGAAAAUUCCAAUAGAUCAAAUACAGGGAGUAGUAAUCAAUGGCAGUCGCAAAACCAAAGAAAUCAAGGUGGUGGAUCCACACAAACCGGACGAUAUGGCAACAAUCAAAAUAACAAUAAUAAUAAUAAUAAUCGUAAUAAUAACAACAACAAUAAUAAUAAUAAUAAUCAAAAUAAUAACAAUAGAAAUCGAAAUAAUAAUUCUAAUAGCAAUAGAAACAUAAACAACAGCGGCAACAACAACAGCAACAAUAACAACAGUAAUUCUUCAUCUUCGGACAGUGCCUGCAUUGUCCAUUGUUUCUUUGAAGAAAUGAAUAUGUUAAAUAAAAACAGCUAUCCUGAUCGCCAUAAGGUACUCUAUGGCCUCACCAAGGACAUGCGUGGCCGUGAGUUGAAAAAUUUCUACACUGACACCAUUCAGGAAUGCUUUCGUUACUUGGAAUCGCAGAGACGUCGUGAAAAGUGUCAAUUUUCACGUGACCUAAUCUCCUGCAUGACGGAAUAUGCCAAGGGCAAUUGUGAGGAUUGGAAUGAAUUUAGUAUGAUGUUCAAUUAAAGAUGAAACAGAGAGAGAGAGAGAGAGAAAGAGAAAGGGAAAUAAAAUGCAAUUUAAAAAUGUA